CAUCUUCGUCUACUCUUCUGACAUUGCCGUUUGUCUUUCAUAUCGACAGCAUCACUACCUCCACACACGCUCCAGAUGCAGAACCUCGACAAUAGAUUGGCAUCGUUUAAUGCUGUCACCAAACCCAAAUCAAAAGCAAAGCCGCAAUUCCCUCUAGAAGCAUCAACCCACCCGCAUCUCACCCCGCGGGCGCUCGCAGAGGCUGGUUUCUAUCAUACUCCUGGAACAUCACCGCCUUCCUUCGACAACUGCACUUGCUUUCUAUGCAAUCUGGAGCUGGGAGGGUGGGAUGAAGAUGAUGAUCCUUUCGAGGAACAUGCGAAGAGGGCAGGGUGUGCUUGGGCCGAAAUGUUUUGUGCGGUCAAGAUCGAGAAGAGGAAGAGGGAUAGGAGCGACGGGCAGUACACGACUGUCUAUGAAACAGCGAACUCUCUUCCACAGUCUGCCGAAUCUAUAGAAGUUAGGGCUCAAACAUUCAAGAAAUGGUGGCCCCACAAACAAAAAUCAGGGUGGCUUCCAACUGUAAAAGCUCUUGCGCGUGCUGGCUUCGUCUACAACCCCUCCACAGAGUCCAAGGACGCUGUGAUAUGUCCGUACUGCGAAUACGGCGUGGAAGGAUGGGAGGCUACAGAUGACCCUUGGGAGAUUCAUCAGUCGAAAGUUCCCGAUUGUCAUUUCUUCAGGGCGACACUAGUAGGCGAAGCUGAAGGGUCUGGCAUCGCUGAUAAACCUAACAAGGCAUCCGGGAGACCAAAAAAGUCUAUAGCCCCUAAAAAGUCUAAACGGGGGACAACAGUAGCCCCUCUCGAACCUUCUGAGCCUGAGGAUGCCGAACAUCAUUCAGACGCAGAGGAGAAUACAGAUGUUGAAAAAGAAAAGCCUAGUAAGGCUUCUGGACGGCGGAAAAAGUCUGAGGCCCCAAAAAGACCAAAACGGGGCACGAUAGUAGCAUCCGUAGCCUCUGAAGUAGAGGGCACGAAGCAUAUCCCUGAGGAGGACGCUUCCGCCUCGCAGGCCAUUACUUCAACCAGAAGAACGACCAAGGCUCGCGUGACGAUGACGACAGCGGUGGCCACGACGACAACCAAGGCAAAGGCGACAAAAGGCAAAAAGAAAACUGGGAAGAAUGAAGCCGUGUCCGGGUCCCAGACGAUCAAGGAGGAUGCACCAGUCGCGGAGAACCACACGGAAAUAGAAAUGGAAAGCGAUGUCGAGGAGCCAAUACCCGUGAAGAAGACUCGUGCAAAAUCUAAAAAAGAAAAAAAGGAGCAAAAAGCAACGGCAAAAAGCAAGGGAAAGCAAAAGGUAACGGAUGAGCCGGAGGCCGAAGAGAUAGUUGCGGCGGAAUCAGGGAUAGAGGCUCCAACAGAAUCUGAAGCCGAACCUGCCCAAAAGCCUGAGAAAAAAACGAGGGCCAAAGCUGCUACAACGGCCAAAGGGAGAAAAAAGGCGCAGAACAAGGAAGUGGAGGAAGAAGAGGAUAGUAAAGCUGGUACUGAGGUAGAUGUGCCUUCUGGCUCAGAGGCGGAAUUACCAGCCGAUGAACAACCAACUCCAAAAGUUAUAAGGCCUGCUUCAAAAGCAUCAGCUUCAAAAUCGUCCAAAUCUUCUUCUCGGUUAAAGGCUCUUCCCUCGCUUCCGCCGUCUCAUCAACCACCGCCUGUCAAAUCACCUACCCCCAGCUCUCGCCCUCUCUCCCAACUUGACCGAUUUGCGAAUAUACCACCCACUUCUUCACCAGCCUCCACUCCUCGUGGAAAGGCAACACUUCGUUCUACCCGACCCACAAAACUUUCUCCACAUGCAGCAUUGCCCAGGGAAGCAAUGGAUGCGUCUCUUACUCGAGGGGCUUUGGCCGCUAGGAAGGUUGUAGACGAUCUCUUCUCGUCGCCUGCCGGUGCUUCUUCUACAAUGGAGGAGAUGAGCCAACCAAAACAGACCCAAGAACCCCAUCUUCCUUCCCAACCCCGACCUCUAACGGAGCAGGAAAAGCAGAUGAAGCUCGAAGCUCUUAUCCGAGCUGAGAUGCAAAGGAGUUAUAACCAGUUGAAAGAAGAAGGGGAAAAGAUGAUUGAGGACUGGUACGAAAAAGCGAAAAAUGACAGGAAGAAGAUAGAGUCUUUAUGAGUAAUCGCACGAGAUUAAUAAUAGUGAACAAUUUACGUUAACGCAUAAUGAUUUUGUCCAA